AUGUUCCAGGCUCAGCCAACGCCCUAUUCAGGCUCCUCCUACUCGCCCUUCCCCUAUGGCAUAGCGGCAGCAGCUCCCCACAGCCUCGACUUUCUGUUCCCCACUGGCGGAGCUGGCGCUGGUGCUGGUGCAUCGAGCGGUGGCUUUCCAGUUUACCCGCCCUACAGCUCUUCGUCUCCGCAGCCGGCUCUACAACACCACCAGCAGCAGCAUCACCAGCAAUUUGCCCUGCGACAGCGACUCAAUCGAAGCGGCAGCCCCGUCAUCAAGAUGGAGGACCAGGACGCCGGCCUGCACGACAUGGCCGCGCAGCAGGCGGCGGCCGAGCGAUUCCAGCCAGGCCUCGAGGGACCGUUUGUCGGCGAAAAGACCCCGAGCGACGCCAUCACCCAGGAAUACGCCAAAGCCGACCCGGUAUACGUCGAAAAGACCAUUGCUCUGCCCCAGACCUACUCCCACUAUCGCCAGAUCAAGGGCGAUGGUAACUGCGGAUGGCGCGCAAUCGCAUUCGCCUACUACGAAAAGCUCAUCGACCUCGGAGACCAGGCCCGGAUCGAAGGCGAGGUGGCCCGUCUCAUGAGCCUCGGCUCCAUGCUCUCCAACAUUGGCCGCUACGAAUACCACGAAGACUUUGCCGAAGAGGCUCACGGCUUGCUGCGAGAUCUUGCUGCUAACAUCGCAAACCCGGGCCUGGCCCGAGUGAUCCUGCUUCAGCGUUUCAACGACAACACCGUCGAGGCAAACAUCAUCUACUACUUCCGCAUGCUGGCCGCCACCUAUCUCAAGGGAAAUGCAGCCGUCUACGACCCCUUCGUUGCCGACCAUGGAGGAAUUGCGGCAUACUGCUCGCAGGCAAUUGAUAUUGUCAACCGUGAGAUUGAGCACCUGGGCAUCGUUGGCCUGGCCAACCUGCUCCUCAAGCCAAUCGACUUCGUUUUGGAGGUUGCAUACCUGGACCGCAGCCCAGGCAGCCAAGUUAACCGCUACCGCUUCCCGGAAGAGGCCAACGAGCAGGAUCCGGCAGCCCUGGGACCUACGAUAUACCUGCUCUAUCGCCCCGACCACUACGAUAUCCUGUACCGCACGCCCGUCCAGGCUCCGUCGGCUUUUCCCUCCAAUGCUGCUGAUGUACAGGUAAACCGAGUUUCUAGCCUCUCUAACAAUCUUGCCAUCCAUGCGGCUCCUGGCGGCUCGGCGGGCUUCCCCGGAGCCAACAUGGAUAUCCUUUCCAUGCUACCUGGCUUCAGCAUGAACUCGCUGGGCCCGAUGACUACCAUGCCCGAAAUAUCUCCCAUGACGACGCCCAUGGCCAGUCCUGUUGACGACCACUAUGUAUCGUCGCAACAGCAAGCUUCUUGGGGGACGCCAUUUCCCGAGCCCGUGCCCUCUCAGGUUCCACAGCAGCAACCGCCGCCCUCAUUCCCCCCUGUGGUCUCGCCGGCUCCAAUGACUCCCAGUGCCUCCAUGACGCCUAGUCCGACAAUGAUGAACGCCACAAGUAUCAGGAGCAACAGCAGCAGCAGCAGCCACCUUUCUGGGCUUGUUCCGAAUGUGCGGCCAGCGGAUCACACUCCCGGAUACCGCAUAGUGUUUAACCCCUUCCAGCUGGAGUAUGACGAGAGUAGGACCACUACCGUUAGAGAGCCAGUCGAUCAAGCACCGAGGAGCACUACUUUUAAGAACAGCGUGUGGAACAAGGCGCACUAUGGCAACCCCGAUUUCCACCCAGAAGAAUACGUUCCGGACGACGAUCACUCAGACGGCCGUGGUAGUGGUAGAAAACGGCGGAAGGACUCAUGA